AUGGAUGGUGAGUUUCCAAAAUUUCAUAUAAAUUUUGGAGACUCUCAAAAUCGUUCUAAUGCUCAGUAUUUUGAAAAUUCUUCGUUUUUUUCAAAUCCUAACCAAAAUCCUGUCACAAAUAAUCUUCAAACAUCACAAAAUACUGAAAAACAACCACGAGGAAAUAAUUGGGAUGCUGCAGAAGAUGUCGCUAUAAUGUCAGCAUGGUGUUUUACUAGUGAAGAUAAGGAGCGUGGAAAAAACCAAAAAAAAAAAGCAUCAUUGUGGGCACAAAUAAAGCAACUGUAUGAUGCCGCUCGGGUUGAAAAUACAGAAAAACUAAAUAGCAGGAACGAAGAUCAAACGAGAGGUCGUUUUAAACGACUUAGUGAAAAUGCACAAAAGUGGGUUGAUGUGUAUCGGGAAGCAUGA